AUGGUGUGCCUCAAUCCUGAUUAUGGUACUUGUGCUUUACGUGGUGAUGUUUAUAAAUAUUGCAUGCACCAUACUGGAUUUGGUUCAGAGCCUUUGUUGUUUUUCUCUGAAUAUGUUAGCUUGAUUUUCAUUGGGUAUUGUGCUCAGAGGAACAUGGCCGGUGAUGAUGUGAAAAAGUCUGAUGCUAAUGCCAGCGAAGGUGAGUAUUUUUCCCCUGAUGUAAUUUGCGAGUUUUGCCUGAUGGUAUUUAUGGGGAAAAGGAAAGAGGUGAAGAAGGAAACUGGUUUAGGAAUAACCAAUUGCAAAGAUGAUAAUUUUGGGGAAUGGUAUUCUGAGGUAGUUGUCAAUGGAGAAUUAAUAGAGUAUUACGAUAUCUCGGGCUAUUAUAUUCUGAGACCGUGGGUAAUGUCGAUCUGGGAGACCAUGCAAAAAUUCUUUAAUGCUAAAAUAAAAAAAAUGAACAUCCAGAACUGCUACUUCCUACUUUUUGUUUCUCCAGGCGUAUUGCAUAAGGAGAAGGAUCAUGUGGAGGGUUUUACUCCUGAGGUUGCAUGGGUGACAAAAACUGGGGAUUUUGAUUUGGAAGAGCACAUUGCAAUUCGCCCAACUAGUGAGACGGUCAUGUAUCCCUAUUAUUCCAAAUGGAUAAGGGGACACCGUGACUUGCCAUUGAAACUUAAUCAAUGGUGCAAUGUUGUGCGAUGGGAAUUCAGCAAUCCCAUAUCAUUUAUCAGGAGUCGUGAGUUUCUUUGGCAGGAAGGGCAUACAGCUUUUGCAACAAAAGAAGAAGCAGAUGCUGAGGUUGUAGAUAUUUUGGAGCUUUAUAGACAAAUAUAUGAAGAAUAUUUGGCCUUUCCUGUUGUAAAGGGAAAUAAAAGUGAAUUGGAGAAAUUUGCCGGUGGACUAUACACCACUAGUGUUGAGGCAUUUAUUUCAAACAACGGUCGUGGUAUACAAGGUGCAACUUCACAUUGUUUGGGUCAAAAUUUUGCAAAAAUAUUUGAGAUAAACUUUGAAAAUGAAAAGGGACAGAAGGGUAUGGUCUAGCAUAACUCAUGGGCCUAUAGCACUCGGACUAUUGGUGUGAUGGUAAUGGUUCAUAGGGAUGAUAAAGGCUUGGUGUUGCCACCUAAAGUACCAACAGUCCAAGUUAUUAUAAUUCUUGUGUCGUACAAAGAUGCUAAUACUCGGGGAAUAUUUGAUGCCUGUGCUUCUGUAGUGGAUAUCUUGUCUGGGGCCGGUAUUCGUGCUAAGGCAGACUUUAGAGAUAACUAUUCUCCUGGUUGGAAGUACUCACAUUGGGAAAUGAAAGGUGUUCCUCUAAGCAUUGAAAUUGGGCCUAAAGACUUGGCUAAUAGUCAGGUAUGUGCUAUUUGUUGUGAUAAUUCAUUGAAAAUAGACAUCUCUAGAACCAACUUGGUUGAGCAAGUGAAAGAAAUGCUUGAUAAUAUCCAACAUAACCUAUUUGAUGUUGCAAAACAAAAGCAAGAUGCAUGCGUUAAGACCAUACAAACUUGGAAUGAAUUUGUGGAAGCACUCGGCCAAAAGAAAUUGAUCUUAGCUCCUUGGUGUGAUGAGGAGGAGGUGGAGAAAGAUGUGAAGGCAAGGACAAAAGGUGAGAUGGGAGCCGCUAAGAGCCUUUGUUCCCCAUUUCACUAGCUAGAGCUCCCAGAAGGUACUAAAUGCUUUGCUUCUGGAAAGCCUGCAAAAAAGUGGACAUACUGGGGCCGAAGUUACUAGAUUAUUGGGUUCUGGCACCAAUUUCUUCUAGUUUCUCAACCAGUUUGGCAUGCCAAGAAAUCAGCAAUGCUAAAAAACUAGACAUACAAGGAAUGAGCUUGACAAAGCAUCUGUAAAUACCAUAAAAUACGUUGCUCAACAUAGGUGUAAUAUUACACAAUUUUAUUUAUGUUUUUGGGUGC